UUCACAUUCAGCAUCAGUUUGGUCCACUCACUUGAACGUUUUGAGCAUCCUGGGCUGGUCCAACUUCGCAUCCCGCAAAAUCUUGCCUGGCUCGCGAACCGCGACGAAAUCAAAUUCUUUCGGCAAUGCGGUGCAUCGGAAAGAACUAGGCGCCAAGGGGCAUUACUGCUCCGACGAUCUUCCAGAAACCCGUCGAACCUUUUCCCAACAGCGAUUGCAGGCGGUGGAGACUCCCAGUGGGCUUCGAUUUCUCCCCUACUGAUUCGUCGAUCGUUGAAGAGUUUUGAUGAUGUCGAGAGUCUUGAAUUCAAUUCUUGUUUUCGGG